AUGUCCUUCACCUCCAUUCCCAUCUUGGACCUGUCAUUAGCUCAGGAUCCGGCUACAAAGCCCGGGUUCCUGGCUGAGUUGCGACAUGCGCUGAUGGAAGUUGGUUUCCUUUAUCUCAAGAACGUCGGCAUCCCGGCCGAACUCUUCGGGCAGGUCAUUGAAGAGGGCAAGGCCUUUUUCGAUAUUCCUAUGGAGGAGAAGUACGAUCCCGCAGCGGUCACAUGUCGUCUGCAACCCGCUGAACGUCUCCGCAGGCUCAAGAUCGAAAUGAAAAAUGCACCCUCGUUCUUGGGGUACUCGCGCCUGUCUGCAGAAAUCACGGCUGGCGCCAUCGACCACCGGGAGCAGAUUGACCUGUCCACGGAGCACCCCCUUCCCGGCCCGGAUGCGCCGCGCUACUACAAUCUUUUGGCGCCAAACCAGUGGCCGUCGCCUGACGUGCUUCCCAACUUCAGGCCCGCGUUUACCGAGUACAUGAAGCGCAUGGGGAGCAUCUCCAUCUACUUCACCAGCCUGAUCGCCGAGGCCAUCGGGCUGCCGCGCCACGCCUUCGAGAAGUACUUUGACGCGGACCAGCAGCACAAGCUCAAGAUUGUAAAGUACCCGGACGUCGGGACGCUGGGAGCAGCGGGCAAGGAUGGGAACCAGGGCGUUGGGCCGCACAAGGAUAGCAUGCUGACGUCGUACCUCCUCCAAGCGUCACACCACCGCGGCCUGCAGGUGCAGAACAUGCGGGGCGAGUGGAUCGACUGUCCGCCCGUGGACGGCACGCUGGUGGUGGCUAUUGGGCAGGGGCUCGAGGCCCUCACGCAGGGCGUGUGCGUAAGCACGACGCACCGCGUCCUGUCGCCGCCAGCGGGGGCCGGACCACGCUUCUCGAUCCCCUUCUUCCAGGGCGUGAGCGGCGACGCCGAGUUUGAGGACCUGGAGCGCGUCGGAGUCGGCCGCGUGCCCGACCACGUCAGGAAGAUGAGGGAGCAGGUGCUGCAGCGCAACGGCGGGCGCCGGCUCGACGACGUCGAGUUUACCUUCCGCAAGGGUGGUGCCGCGAGGACCCUUGGCGAGGCGACGCUCAGGAAUCGUGUCAAGAGUCACCCAGAUGUUGGGGAGCGGUGGUAUCCGGACAUUCUGGCUAGUGUCAGGGAGGAGCAGGCUCAGUUGAAGCAGCAGCAGCAGCAACAGCAGGAGAAGGCGGAGGAGGGUGCUCGGAGAGAGGCUAUUCAGGGUCCUGUCACGAGCAGUAAGCCCGUGGAGGCACAUUAA